GUUGAGCCACCGCCCGCCCCAGCAUCUACUCUUGAAGCCUAGUUGCUGCUUCACUUUGUCACCCCCACUUGUUCUAUCUUCUACCCGAAGCUCCCUUCGUCUAAUCCGCCAAACUGUUGUCGAUCAAGAAUCUUAAUUUGGGACUUGGUGACCAUGGUCAACUGAGUCCCAAAACGUGGCUUCAGCAAUAUCAGAAAAAGAACCAAAAAGAGCAGCCGCCGUGUCUGCCGAGUUGCUCGACAUCCAGCUCUUGCUCGACGAGCACCUCAUCGUGCUACCCACUGGGAACUUGCUACGAAACGAUUGGAGAUGAUAUGCCGUCGGUUUGGCACUGUGCCAAAUAUAUCAACAUCCCAUACCGUUCCAAGCUCACCGAGCGCAUCGAGCCCGGACAAACUCUGAUCAUUCGUGGAAAGACUAUCGAUGAGUCCAAGAGGUUCAACAUUAAUCUCCACAAGGAUUCUCCAGAUUUCUCCGGCAACGACGUGCCUCUUCAUCUUUCCAUCCGUUUCGACGAGGGAAAGAUCGUCUACAACGCAUACACCAAGGGAACAUGGGGAAAAGAAGAACGCGCCAAGAAUCCUAUCAAGAAGGGCGACGAUUUCGAUAUCCGCAUUCGGGCUCACGAUUCCAAGUUCCAAGUGUCCAUUAACCACAAAGAGGUGAAGAACUUCGAGCACCGUAUCCCACUCAACUCGGUGUCCCAUUUGUCCAUCGAUGGGGAUGUUGUCCUGAACCACGUUCAAUGGGGAGGAAAGUACUACCCAGUCCCAUAUGAAUCCGGAAUCGCCGCCGAUGGAUUGGUCCCAGGAAAGACUCUCGUUGUCUAUGGAACUCCAGAGAAGAAGGCCAAGAAAUUCAAUAUUAACCUUCUCAAGAAGAACGGAGAUAUUGCUCUUCAUUUCAAUCCACGUUUCGAUGAGAAGGCAAAUGGAUUUAUGUGCGCUAAGCCGACCCCUGGAGUAGGUUCAUUUGUGUAGUAUCGAAGGAUUACGAUCCUUUUAUUGAAACCAACGAGAGUGUCGUCCGUAACUCGCUUGUCAAUGGAGAAUGGGGAAAUGAGGAACGAGAGGGAAAGAACCCAUUCGAGAGAUUGACGGCUUUCGAUUUGGAGAUCAGAAACGAAGAGUUUGCUUUCCAGAUCUUUGUCAACGGAGAACGCUUCGCCUCAUACGCCCACCGCGUCGACCCACACGACAUCGCCGGACUUCAGAUUCAGGGAGACAUUGAGCUGACAGGAAUCCAGGUUGUCAACAAUCAACCUGCUCAGGAAUAAGAGACUCAUCCAGCCACUCAUAUAGUUCACCACGUCCCUAGUUUCUUUCUAUCUCUGAUAUAUUUGAAAUUCGCCCCAAAAUCAUCCCUUCACAAUCCAAUAUCUGUCACUUUCUCCACGUCUCCAUGGUUUCUUUUUUUUUGGUUUUUUCCUGAAUUUUCAAAAUUCAGUAUCUACGUUUUUGUCCCCCACCACCCGAUUUUUCAAUUCAUAUUCUGCUUUUCCAUACCACUGCCCCCCAUCAUCAAAAAAUAAUUCAUUUAAAAAGACCAAAAAGUAUUCAAAUUCUUCCUUUUUUCCCAUUUUUUCGUUGGAAUGCUAAGAGCUGUCAAUGUGAACACAAUAAAGUUAUA